UCUUACCUCGAUGUUCUCACAAAAAUCAGCGAAACUCCAUGCUUGACACGAGGCCUGAGUAAGACGUUAUACGAACAACGAAAGAACGCCACUUCAUUCGACUCUACUGACGCUGCAAGUCUCCAAUCCUCCACCAGCAGUUCUACAGUCAGUCAGAUGUCGGCGCAAAUCCUUGCACAUCAUAGUAAAGCUGAGCUAGACAAGUAUGGUUCAAGCAGGUGCUUGGAUAUUCUGGAGAAAGUGUCUACAGCUAACACAAAGCUCCUCACAAAGGCCGAGUUGGAGGACAAAUGGGACUACUUUGUCGCGUGUGUGGGCAAAAUAUCUGGGACGAUCACAAAAGACGACUUGAAAAAGGCCGGCAAUCUGUUGUGUGGUAUCACUGAGACAUACAUCAAAGAGUUGGACGCUGAUGCUCUAGACGAAUAUGCAAGUGUCAUUCAAAAAUGCAGUCUCGGCAAAGACGAGAGGCAGGCACUAGCAAACAAUUAUGUGUCAAAGAUGGGGAUAACAAGCGGUUCAAGUAUGACAUCGUCGGCAGUUGUGAGCUUGGGAUCUGCAGUUGCAAACUUACCUUCUUCUAUUCUCGAUACUAUUCCAGAUGAAACUAUAUCUGAUCUCUCUGAAACGAUAAUGAAAUCGUUCAAAGAAAAAGAAGAAUCUGACAAGGAACGUGAAAAAAGUGGAUUUAAAUCCGAUGUCAAGGACGCCGAUAAGCAAACUUACAAAACGUUGAAGAUUGCUGUUGCAACCAAAAUUUUGUCUGCCAAGGAAUCCCUUACUUCUUCCAAUUCCGGUUUGACUGGCCGUAAACGGAGAUCAACAGCAUCCCUGACCUGUAGUGACCUCCAAGCUAUCGGAACCAGCGGUUUGGCAGCCCUGACCACAACGCAAAUAUCCAACUUGGACGACCAGGAGUUCAUCGAUUGCGCUGAGACAUUGGGAUCGGUGACAGACUACAGUGACGCACAGGAAACAGCUCUAUUGGCCGUUGCCAUGAGAUCGACUGUUUGGGGUGACCCGUCCACAUGGUCUGCCACCAACGUUUACAAUGCUGGUGUGAUCUGUCAGUCCCUUACAGAGUCCCAGAUCGGUACCCUCACUCUUGACCUGGACGCUGUCAGUCGACUCGGACAGUUCGAUGGUUGGGAUAGUCUCAAGAAAAUAGCUGUGUAUCAGCGAUGGUUAGCCCUAGAGAAGGGAAGCGACAGUAGCACCAUCACGUCCAGUGAACUUAGAUCUCUUGGGCAUGUUACCUGUGGUGCAGAAACGGGCCAUAUCAACGUCAUACAGUCUUCUGUCUACCAGAGUGCUGCGGAUGCUGUUGGUGAAUUGACAAGUUGUGAGGACACCCAACUUCAAGCUUUUGCCGCCCUAGCAAAGGCAACUUACGGAAGUGACAUCACAACAUGGGACACCACUGUUAUCACCAAUGUUGGGAUCGUCAUUGGUGGUCUGACCGCCAAUGAAAUAUCCACCCUGUCGGAAACACAGAUAGAUUCUGUGGACGCAAACCACAUAUCAUACAUCCCUGAUACUACUUUCACUGGUUUCACCGUGACGCAAAUCAACACGUUCAGUACUUCUCAGGCGCAAUCAACAACAGCAAGUCAGCGAGCUGCUCUGACAUCUGCUCAACUUACUGCGCUUGAAACGGUGGCAGCCUUGUCAUGGACUGUUUCUUCAGAUUCGGGCGUUGCCGUGGUGACCGGUAGUUGGGUGCUAAUGCUGGCUACACUUGUACUUGGUACAUUUUUCAAUCAAAAUGUUUAGCUAUCGGCAUUUUCUAUCGGAAUUGACAUUUCUUUCGGAAUCAGAACUUUACACAAUGCAGAAAACUGCUUAAAAAUAAAUAAAUAAUUAUUGACGAACCAAUGACGUUCAACUGACCGUUUCUCAAUAAUUUAUUCUUAAAGCAUCGUUACCUUGUGUUCUUAGACAUACUAUUUAGGAUAUGAAAAUAAGGGGAGUCACAACCAGCAGAAAAGAAUCUAAGAAGUAGUUUUUGACGAAACUAUGACGUUCGACUGACAGUUUCUCAACAACUUAAUCUGAGAGUAAUAUUACCGUGUUGUUCUUAGCUUACUUUCUUAGAAUGAAUAUUUCUUUUAGUUCAUAAAUUAGGCACAGUUUUAUGAAGCGUUAGAAAUAGUUUAUAUAAACCAUUAAUGAAAUUAUGGAGUAUGACUGAACGUAUUUGUAUACCGUAGUAUUGGAGUGAUAUCAACGUCUGGUACGCUUCAUUAGAAUAUGACAAAAUAAUAAAAAGUAAAUAAAAAAAUCUUAACAAUAAAUUAAAGCUAAAACAUAUUUAUUACUAUUAGCGAUAAUAACACAUUGAAUAACUAUUUUGGUAGAAAUAACAAUUUGAAAAAAGGUAAUGUAUUUUUGUUCAUUGCUUCUUAUUUCUAUUCAUGUCCAGAUAUUUCCUUGUUGAAUUUAAUGUUGCAAUAAAAUGAAAUUUAAUCAAACAAAACUGUUCCU